AUGCGCCCGUCUACCCUCCUCGCGGCCCUGCUCGCCGUCGUCGCCGUCGAUGCGGUCGACCCAGCCGCCAACAGACCACAGUACUACUUCCCUCGCCUCGUCAAGCGCGAACUCGACCGCACGCCAUGGAACAAGCCCAAGAGAGAGGUCGUCGUCGUGCCCGUCACCGUCCAGGUCAGGCCAGACGGCAGCAUGGUCACCCUCAGCGACAGGCCUAACGUCUAUAACGCCGCCAUGCAGCCUACGGGCGCGUCCCCGAAGGAUACCACCGUCUCGACCACCACGACUUCUGCGGCCACUUCUGCGACGUCCAGCUCAGGCGACACGCCGGCGACCAGCUCGCCCAGCCAGCCUAGUCCGGGUGGCAGCAGCAAGAUGAAGGGUCCGGGGAACACUCCAACUGCCACUCCAACGGGUACGGACACGACUCCAACGGGUACGGACACGACUCCAACGGGUACUCCAACUGCUACUGAGACGCCUGUCUACACUCCGCCGACUGAGUCUAGCUCCAGCUCCAGCGUACUCAUACCGCUCCCCCCGAUUCUGACCCAGACGGACUCGGAGACCUCGCACACCAUGCCCACGGAGGCUACUCAUGCUACAGAUGCUACUUAUACCACGCCAGAGGCAUCUCAUACCACGCCAGAGCCAACGAGACCAACUGGACCAAAUGAGCCGAAGAUGCCUACCAUGUCUCCCUCUGAAGGUAUCAGCCAUACCGGACCUGCGACUGGCCCCAGCAGCGGCAUCGAACUGCCUACUCUCCUGCCUACUCUGGUUCCUACGUCGGCCACAGAGUCUCCAGUGCCAAACACCACCAACACGAUGACUGGACCUGCUACUACUGCCAUUCCUACCACCACCGGCGGCUCUGAAGGCAUCACCUACACCGGUGGUGGUACGGGAACUUCUGCUCCAGCCUCCACCGGUAUCCUGCCUACCCUGCUCCCCAUUCCGUCAAGCUCUGGCACUGAAACGGGUACUAACACUGCUACCGGCACUGCUACUGCAACGGGUACUGCUACCGGCACUGAAACUGGAACUGGUACUACUGCAACUGGAACGGCCAGCACUUCAGGCCAAAUCUCCAUCUCUAUUCCAAUUUCCAUCUCUGUCACUGCGUCUGCCACCAACACCGGCAACAGCACCGGCACUGACUUCCCUACCUACACGCCAACUGGAAAUCCUGCCACCAUCACCGGCUCUGGCACCGGCACUGCUACAGGUACUGCUACUGGCACCGGAACUAUGACUGGCACUGGCACUAUGUCUGGAUCAUCGAGUCAGCCUACAGAGACGUCUGUGACUUUCCCCUCGCUCUCUAUUCCCUCAGGAACAGAGACUACGGCCACCGGCACCGCUCCCUCGUCCAGCAAGUCGGGUGUCUUCCCCCCUUCCACCAUGAUGAGCGGAACAGGAGUCACUCCCACGCCCACCGGAAGCUCGUCGACCAGCGCAUACUCCUCCACUCACUCUGGCUCCGGGUCUACGUCAGACACUGCCUCGGAAACCACCAUCGUCAGGCCCUCCACGAUGCAGACGGUCACCACCACCCGCCCUACCUCCUCGCCCUCGCCCACCACCACCGCGCCCAUCUCGACAAACACCGAAACCACCCUCUCCGUACCAACCUCGAUUCUCAUCCAGACCUCCACCGUCACCACCUCGACCGUAGCAACCCAGUCGCCCAAGCCGCUCCCACACAUGAUCUCUCCGCCAAACGCCCAGCCACCACCUCCAAACUCCCUCCUCAUCCAGCUCGGUUUCAACGCCUCCCUCUCCUACGAAUUCAUCUCUGGAAACACCGACGCCGUUGCGCAGGUCAUCAAGUACGUUCCCAUUGGCGUUUCCUACGGCCUCGACGUGGACACCCCGUCCACCCCCAUCGCCGGCAUCAAGCCCUACGACCUCGGCACCAAGAAGGGAUACACCACCGCUACCGUGCUCGUCUACAUUCCCAAGGAUCUGUACAAGCUGCUCGCCUCCAGCCUGAUCACCGCCACGUCCAAACUGUACUCUAACCCAGACACCUCCGUCCGCACCAUCAUGAGCAUGAUCGAUCCCACCAUCCCCCUCCUCCCCGGCGGCGCGUCCGGCCCUGGAGGCAGCGGUCCAGGCUACCCUUCCACCGCUCCCGGCUCAGGCGGUAGCGGCAACGGCUCUGGAUCCGACGGUGAAGACAAGGGCGCCGGUCCAGGAGGCUCCGGCGGCUCUUCAGGCAUCAGACCCAGCUCUGUCGGUAUCGGCCUCGGUGUCGUCGGCGGUGCAGCCCUGUAUGGAGCAGCCAUGUUCUUCGUCGCACGCAGAUACAGGAAGAAGCGCAACCUCCACCGCCGAUCGGACUCCCUGACCAGCGGCAUGGGAACUCCAUCACCAUACCACGACGACCGCGCCGGCAGCCCGGUAGGCAACGCAAGUGUAGACGAUAGGUAUUCGAGAGCUGGUAGCGGCCGCACGGCCCAGAUCAGUGCCCCCGUCAUGGCAGAGAACUCGCUAGGCUGGAAUUAA